AUGAAUACAUUAGACGCAGAUGAAUCAACGCCGCUAGUACCCAGACAUGGUAUUCCUCCACCAGUAACUGAUGAACGAGGACCUUUAAAAAAAACCCUAGCAAUUUAUCUCAUUCUUGCAUGCACUCUUUUGGAACGUGUCGCAUUUUAUUCAAUAAUGGUUACUCUUGUCCUUAAUUUGGAUUCGGAUGAAUUGUUUCAUUGGCAACCACGAAACAGUUCUAUCGCUUCAUUUAUUUUUUCUGGUACAAGCUAUAUUUCAACACUGAUAUUUGCUGUAAUCGGUGAUGCCAAAUUAGGUCGAGCUAUAACAAUACUUGUUGGUUUUGUUCUAUAUGUAAUUGGCUAUAUAUUAGCUGUGUUAAUUACGAAAACAAAUAUAAAUAUUUGUGCACGUAAUACAUUUAAUGAGAGUGAUACUCCGAAUACGAUCACAAUAAUUCAAGAACCUUGUGCUAGUUGGAUCCUAGUAACACUUAUUAUCAUUGCUAUUGGUGCUGGAGCUGUACAAUCUAAUAUGGCUGUAUUUGGAGCUGAUCAAGUCCAACAGUCAGACAAGCCAUCACGAUAUUUCGACAAGUACAUCGUUGUAGUAAACAUAGGUGGCAUUAUUGCAACAUUAGGCAUUAAUUUUAUACAAAAAGAUGCAAAUCAUUAUUUUAUUGGAUACUUAGUUGCACUAAUUAUCCUUCUUAUUGCUGCUGUUUUGUUUAGUAUUGGUUGGCGAUGUUAUAUAAAUGUAAAACCUUACGAUACAGUGGUUAGUAACUGCAUUCCAGUUGUUAUAAAUGCAUUUCAAUCCUGGCUGCAAUAUAAGCAGAAUAAACGCUCAAUCAGUAAAUACAGUACCGAUGCUUCGGUAACGAAUUCAAUUAGUGAUCCUCUUAGUCUUACUGAAGGAGAAGAUUCGAUGGGAUUAAAUGAACAAUCAGAAGCAUUUCUUGAUUAUGCAAAAAUACCUAACAAUGGAAAAUUUCAUGAUAGAAUUGUAAACGAUGUUAAAUCUCUUGGUCGUGCCCUUAUUGUAUUUAGUCUUCUUAUUCCAUAUUGGCUUAUUUAUCAUCAAGCAAGAUCAGUUAUAAUAUAA